ACAUCUUGGGAUCCGGCCAGAUGUCAAGUUGUGGCAAUUCUUUUUCCGAGUGAAGAAAGAAACUAAGGACAAAGCAAUGGUGAACUGCGGAAGCAUGACGUUUAUGCUCCGCCCUAAUCGUAUGUAUCCUCCCCAUGAUUCACACGAGUCCGUCCGGUACUGGAACGCCGGAUGGUUCUACGAGAAGAAUGCUCCUGUUCCGGAUGUCCACGAAGGCCUUCCCCAGUUCGUCAACGAACCUCCGGAAGAACUUGCAAGCUGGAGCUUCGUCCCUCCACUCGCCCUGACUCCAACCUUGGAGAAAGCUGCGCGGAGAAUCUCCUGGCUAGUCCAUGACGGACUUACCGGAGCCCAGCUUACACUUAGCUGGUUUACCCGGAGAAUCCAGCCCCUUCGCUACAACGCGCGGUUGAUGUGCGCUUACACCGGGGCGGAUGAUCUUCUCCGGGUUACCCGCCAUGAUCUUCCGGCUGACUCUCUGAAAAGAAGAUUCAAGACGCUGGUGAAGAUUCCGAGGGGCCAACAGGUCCCGGAACUGUUCAAGGAUAUCUACACGAACGAUCAGUGUCCUCCGCUCAAUACUUUGGCGGAGGACAACUUCCGCACCAUCAUUCGCGUCCCCGUUACCAGCGACACGGCGGAGGAGGCUCCGGAAGACGACGAGGAGGAAGAGGACCAGGCACCCCGCAAGGCGGCCCCUCGACCUACAAAGCGUCCCCGCGCCAAGGCUUCCGGCUCUGAAGCCGGAGCUAGCGGCGAGGCCUCCGCCAAGAAGCCAAAGACGACGAAACCACCUCCGCUUGACUCAAGGAAGGCGGAGCGUGCGCGUCUACGGAUGCUCUCGACGGCUGGCCAGGGCACACGCCCCAUCAUUCCCGGCGCCCCGAAUCCGAAAACCGCUGCCACGUGGACCACCAGCCAGGAGCCCAUCACGAAGUACAUGAAGAAAUCUCCGGCUGUUGGUCCCUCUACUCCAGUUCCACCCAGCGCUUCCCACCCAACUCCUCAACCGUCGCCUCCUCAGGCUGACCCAUCUCCCCCGCCUGCCGCAAACACUCCACCGGAGAUAAUUCCGGUUAGCAGCGGGCACCUGGAGGAAGAAGAUCCCAAGGCCAAAAGCCCUGCCCAAGAAGAGGCGGAAACACAAGGCCAAGGAGAUGCGGAAGUCACUUCCGAGAAGGCUGGAGAGGGUGCUGGCGACAUAGUCGUUUUUCCGAAGAACUUCGGAGAUCCGGCGGACACCACUUCCACCCCCAAGGCGUAUGCCACCAAGUUUUUUAACAAGCUGACUGAGGCGGAGAAGUGGGAACUUGAACAAGACCUGCUCAACGCCAUGCUGAACAACGCCUGGGGGAAGCCGGAUUCCAGGACAUCGGAGAUCCAGGACUUCAAGAAAAACAUUGGCCAGUUCUGCGAUCAACUUAUCUGCAAGCAAAAGGUACUCCCCAGUAGCCCCCAAGCAUGUAGGCGGAAACUCAAAAAGUAGUUAGCGCUUAAAUGCUUAGAGAAAAAUUACUUCCGGGAAAGUUUUUUAGAAUGGACCAGUAGCCCCCAAGCAUUAUGGCGGAAAAGUUCCGGCAAUGAUGCUUUAAAAGAAACCACUGCU